CACAGGAGCACAGGCGCAGCCUCCCAUCGACUCCCUUUAUCCAUAUUCCGAUUCAAUAGUCCACACUCCUCUUAAAAGUUAAAACGGAUUGAAAAUCCAAAGCUCUCCUUGUCUAGGAUCUACAAAUAGUAUUAUUAUUUUUGUUCAGAAUCCUUCUACUCUUCUUUUUCGUCUUGUAUCUGCGUGCCUCUGCACAGACAUAUAUGUAGUUGAGCAACAAAGCCUUCGUCAAUGUAUUCAUCAGCAUUGAGAGUGAAUAUAGUCGUUCUUCAGUGCCACAGGAAACCCAAUAACAAGAAUUUGCAGUACUGGAUAGUGCCACAUUCCAAAAGGAAAUUUAGUCUUGUCAGUCAUCAAACUCCAAUUUCUUCUUCAUUCAAGCCAGAUGAUUCCUCCAACUCACCAUCACCCCCGAAACCACACCAAUCCCAGCAGCUAGGUUAUGACCCUCCUGAGGAGUUCUUUGGACUUUCUGUCGAUCCACAACCAAGGAAGAUUCUUUCUGGUAGUUUGAAACCAAGAUCAUGGUUUGGCCCAAAUGGGCAGUAUAUCAGAGAACUGCCUUGUCCAAGUUGCAGGGGAAGGGGUUAUACUCCAUGUACAGAAUGUGGAAUAGAAAGAUCUAGAGCAGAUUGUUCACUAUGCAAUGGAAAGGGUCUAAUUGCCUGUCCUCAGUGCCUUGGAGAUUGUGUUAUCUGGGAGGAGUCGAUUGAUGAACAGCCAUGGGAGAAAGCCCACUCUGUUUCUCCUCUCAAGGUAAAAGAAGAUGAUGAAGUGGACAAUUUAGACAUAAAGCUGAAUGUGAAGAGAAAAACCAAGCGCGUAUACAACUCUCCAAGUCCUGAAGUCAAUUUGAAGAUUAGCAGAUCCCUCAAAAGCCUGAAUGCAAAAACUGGGUUGUUUAGUAGGAGGAUGAAGAUUAUCCAUAGUGAUCCUUUGCUUCGUGCACAAAGAUCGGCUGCCAUCAAGAAAGUAAAAGGCACCCCUGCUGCGAGGAGGCAGGCUUCUGAAGCAAUGAAGAAGUACUUCCGUGACCCAGAGAACCGACAAAGAAGAAGUAUCUCAAUGAAAGGGGUAAAAUUUUAUUGUCAGAAUUGCGGACGUGAAGGCCAUAGGAGAAAUUACUGUCCAGAAGUUCAGAAUGAACUGAGGGAUGGACAGUUUACAUGUGGGCUAUGUGGUGAAAAGGGGCAUAACAGAAGAACAUGCCGGAAGUCAAAAUCAAGUGAAAGAAAGAGACUAGUCUCAAAGGAACACCACUGCCGUAUAUGUGGACAGACUGGGCAUAAUAGGCGGUCCUGUCCUCAAGAGAAGAUGGCAGAAGUAAGUAUUGUCGCUACAAGUAAAAAUUCUGUUCCUACCAAGAGAAGUUACAUCUGCCGGCUGUGCAGGGUGAAAGGACAUAACAUCAGGACAUGCCCUCUUCAGAAGAGAUAAUUCUUGAACUACGUUGCGGAUCAAACUGAUUGCAAUUGGCUGUGCUUGGAUGAAAUGGCAGGAACUCUGAUAGAGUGCCUUUUCUGUUUCUGAGCGUGAAUUCUGUUGAAGGACCUCUUAUAGCCUUAUAAGCCAUAGAAAGUAAAAAGAUCAGGUGGCGAAUCAGUCUCUUUUCAAGCUUCACAAAUCUGAGUUAUGGGAUCCUAGUUACGAUUCUUCUGGGAUGAGAAGGAUGGUCUGGCCUGCUUUCAAGAUGCUUUGUUUGGCAAUAAGUUGGCUUAUAAUUUAAUAACUAAAAGUUUUAAUUCAAUAAACAUUCCUUUUUUUUUUUUUUAAAUUUUCAUCUGUUUCUAGAUUUCUGUUGACACCUUAUGAUCCUUUAUAUCUAAAUCCUGUUUGGCUGUGGUUUAAUUGUAUUUUGGAUCAUAGUAUAUCGGAAAUUUUGGUGCCAUUGCACAGGAUAA